UUGGAGACCCCAGAGUGUGCAUUGAGUGUAGAGUGGAAAUGGCAAUGUUGUACAUCCCUAGAUGCCUGAACCGUGGCAUAAGGAAUCUACUAUUGCAGCAGAGAAGUUUCUCAGCCCAACCUAUUCAUCAAUUCAAUGAAGAUGACAUAAAGGAAAAACUUCAGCAGUUCCCAGGUGGAUCCAUUGAUUUGCAGAAGGAGGGUGAGAUUGCUACUCUGAUUAUAAAUCAGCCUGAACGAAUAAAUGCAUUCACAGGAACCAUGAUCUUGGAACUCAGGGACAGGGUGGAGGAACUGGAAAGUUGGACUAAUGGGAAAGGUCUUAUUCUACGAGGUGCGGACAACACAUUCUGUUCUGGGUCUGAUCUAAAUACGGUCAGAGCAAUAUCCAACCCGAAAGAUGGAAUGACUAUGUGUAUGUUUAUGCAGAACACCCUAACAAGACUGCAGAGACUACCGCUGAUCAGUGUGGCUUUAGUGCAAGGAGUCGCUCUUGGAGGAGGAGCAGAACUCACUACAGCGUGCGAUUUCAGGCUAAUGACUUCAGAAAGUGAGAUUCGUUUUGUUCACAAGCUCAUGGGAUUGGUACCAGGAUGGGGUGGAGCCACCAGACUUGUUCAGAUAAUUGGAUACAGGAAUGCUCUUAAAUUACUAAGCAGUGCUGACCGUGUGCGUUCUGCGAAGGCGCUGAGGAUCGGUUUGGCUGAUAAAAUUCUGCCAUCCUCUGAUCACAAUUGGUGCAUGGAAGAGACCCAGAAAUGGCUGAGUCAUUAUAUCAAGGGAUCCUCGAAAGUCAUUCAAGCAAUUAAAAAUGUUGCGGUUUCAGGGAGAGAACUGCCGCUAGAAGAGUCAUUGAGGAAUGAAAAGUGCAUCUUUAGCACAAUGUGGGCCUCCCCUGACAAUCUGAAAGCUCUAUCGACAGUAAUGAAACAUAAAUAAGUGCUGAUAUAUGAAUGGAUGUGUUGCUCACCUGAUGUCCAUUUUAGCCUUUAAUAGCAUUUGAAAAUCAGAUGUGAUGAGCAAAGGGACUACAAAAUGUUUGUUUGGUACAAAAAAUGUAAAUUACAUUUUUACCCAAUUAGUUUUUUCUUCUCAUAAUAAGAAAUGGUUACUUGAUUAAAUGCAAGAAUUAAAAAAACAUACUUUUAGAUUAAAACUGUAUUUUUGUUUUUGCUUAUGCAAUAAAAGAGAAUCAAUUCAGUUAUUGCUAGCCAUAA